AUGCCAGCCGCCCCUGGGUCGUGGGCUCUCGCGCUCCUGGUCCUGGGGUCCACGCGGACGGCCGCCGCAGGUGUUCUGAAAGUGGAGAUGGCCGGGAGCACUCAGACUGUGUUCCUGAAUGACAAUAUCGCCAUCUCCUGCAACAUCUCUAGUUCUGUACCCCUGGACAUCAACGUUAUGGGUGUUAGGUGGUUUUGGAGGAAUCAGACGUCCAAAGACGACAUCAAGCUGUUUGAGUCUUUUGGAGAUCAUGAAGAAACAUUCCGACCUGGAGCCUUCGUGUCUCCAGAGAGGCUAAAGGAGGGGAAUGCCUCGUUACAGCUGCCGAGGGUCCAGGUGGGAGAAGAAGGAGAGUUCCUGUGCGAGGUGGUGGUUACCCCUUACAUGGCACAGGGAAGGAUCUUUCUGCAAGUGUUGGCUUAUCCGAACGGCACAUUGAGAGAGAAUGGAGACAAUCAUUAUCUGUGUGAAUUAAGUGGGUUCUACCCAGAACCUAUUAAUGUAACAUGGAAAAUUUGGAGGCAGAAAUCACCCUAUCACCUAGAGAUUUUCGAGGACGUCAACACUGGUCAUCCCAUCAAGAAUCUGGAUGGUACGUUUAAUAUCACUAGCUCCUUGAAGCUGAACUCCUCUCUGGAAGACCAAGGAGCCUUCCUUCAGUGUGUGGUGGAGCACUUAUCCUUGUCCACACCCUUGAGGCUCAACUACACCCAGACUGUGAUAGAACCAGAGAAGAUGAACAUCUGGUGGUUUUGUAUGGAGCUGACUCCAUUAAUUUUAUUCUUUGCUUUGUUUCCUUGGCAAAGGUGCCGUGGUGCUAGAGGCAACGUUGGCAGUGAUGUUUUUGAAAAGGAAAAGAAAAUCUCUCUGAUCAACUGGAUUUGGAAGCCGUUUGCAAAUGUGGCUGCCAUCCUUCAACCUUCCUCACAUCCUUAUCCAUCACCAGGGAGCUUUGCGGUGUGUUCCAGUCAUGUGACUGGUUCCAGUGAAUACAAUGAGGCAGAAGUGGAGGUGCUCCCCCUCAAGAGGCCUUUUGUGUCUUCUCAUGAGCUUCUAACAUUACUGAGAGAAGGACAUGCCCAGGCCAGCCUGCUGGAGGACAGCAGACAGAAGACAUGUCCUUCUUGUUGCUCUAGUAGACGCCAGGCUAGAUCAGAUGACAGCCACCCAGCUCCACUGGGUGGAUCUGAGAUCGGCAGGGCCAACAAAGCCGGCUCUCAAGUGCGUAAAAAAUACUUUGACUCUUUGUAAUAGUUUUAGGUUUGAACUAAUAUUUAAGACUUUU